AUGGUGUCUAGUACAGAGAACAACAACGCUAAGAAGACUCUCGUUCCAGGAACUGUCGUCAUCCUCUUGGUAGGCCGCUUCAGCGGGAAGAGAGUGGUUUACUUGAAGACUUUAGAAGACAAUACCCUCUUGGUGACUGGUCCAUUCAAGAUCAAUGGUGUUCCAUUGAAGCAAGUUAGUGCCGAGCACGUCAUUGUCACCUCCACUAAGGUUUCCGUGGAGGGAGUUGAUGUUUCCAAGUUUGACGCCAGUUACUUCAACAAGGAAGGUUCUGACGUUUCUGAGGAGAAAUCCGAGUCUGAUUUCUUUGGUGACGAGACUGAAAAGAAAUCUGCUACUCCAGAGCAAAUUGAGGACCAAAAGUCAGUUGACAAAGUAUUGCUGGAGGAGAUCAAGAAGAUCUCUUUGUUAUCCGAGUACUUAGCCGCUCCUUUCUCUUUGAAGAAGGGUGACAAACCUCAUGAAAUGGUAUUCUAA